GAUGGAUUGAUUUGACACACUGCAUGUUUCCUCCAAGUGUCCAUAUAGAAGAAACGUUUUAAAAUGUUGCGUUUGUGCGUUCUUAUUAGUGUGUUGCUGGUGUCAGCUUAUGGCAAUGUUCUUCCAGAAAGCGAUGUACUAUUGCCAACUUUGCCACGACCACGCUAUGGACAAUACAGUGCAGUUCCAUCACUGAGAGGAAAUCGCAUUGUGGGUGGAUUCGAAAUCGACAUCACUGAUGCUCCCCACCAGGUAUCCCUUCAGUCAAGAGGUAGCCACAUCUGCGGAGGUUCGAUUAUAUCUCCAGAAUGGGUUCUGACGGCGGCACAUUGUACGGAUGGAGCAUCCGCGUCGAACUUACGUGUUCGAGUAGGAUCCACUAAACAUGCCUCGGGUGGUGCAGUCGUUUCCAUCAGUCGAAUUGUACAGCAUCCACAGUUCAGCUACAGUACAAUCGAUUAUGACUAUUCGCUACUGAAGUUGGCUAAAAAAGUGACUUUGGGCAACAGUUCUCAAGUUAUUGCCCUACCCGAACAAGAUGAACCAGUUCCGGAUGGUACGCUUUGUGAAGUUUCCGGAUGGGGAAAUACUCAGAGCAUAACCCAAUCUCGUGACAAGCUUCGAGCGGCUUACGUCCCAUCGUACAACCAAGCCCAGUGCAACAAAGCCUAUAGUAUGUACGGUGGCGUAACGGAUCGCAUGAUUUGCGCCGGUUUCCAACAGGGUGGCAAGGACGCCUGCCAGGGAGAUUCUGGUGGUCCACUGGUGGCCAACGGAAAGCUGGUCGGAAUCGUUUCGUGGGGUCUAGGCUGCGCCCAGCCAAACUAUCCUGGCGUUUACUCUCGGGUGGCCGCUGCACGUGACUGGAUUCGCAGUAAUAGCGGCGUUUAGGCCUAACGUGUUCACAAGUGUAUCAUUCAUGUCGAUCAACGCAAGUGCUAUUCAAUGGACCCCGAUCACGGAUUAUGCUGCGAGUCUGUUAUUUUUAUUGGAAUAAAGCCCUCGUAAAUCACCACUCA